AUGUAUGGAUCGGGUUUAUUAUAUGGCAUACAACAACCUGCAAGUCCUGAUAGUACGUCGCCAGUUACUUCCGAAGUUUCGUACACCUACAUUGGUUCAAAUUGUCAAACAUCACCAGCCUUAUCUGCUGAUUAUAAAACCUAUAGCCGUUCAGCUGAUAGCGAUGCAUUAUCCGUCGGUGAUGCAACAAUGCACAUGCAUCCUCACACUGUGACGCAUCAAAUGCACAAGAGCAGUACCGGCGGUAAUAACAGUUGUACAGAUAACGCCAGUGGUAGUUCCUCAAAUCCUCAUGAUGAUAGUCUUAUUGAAGAUGGCAUCGAAGAAGAUAUAUUAGACGAUGAAAACGAUGGAGAUGGCAGUGGCAAUGGGUCUGGCAAUUGUGGUGAGACUAUGCCUAAUAAAAAACGUAAACGUCGAGUACUAUUUACUAAAGCGCAAACAUAUGAACUGGAACGACGUUUUCGGCAACAGCGUUACCUUUCAGCUCCAGAACGAGAACAUUUAGCCAGUAUAAUUCGUCUAACACCUACACAGGUUAAGAUUUGGUUCCAGAAUCAUCGUUACAAGACGAAGCGCGCACAAAAUGAAAAAGGCGUUUAUGAUCAUCCCGCCAUGCAUGGUCAUCCGCAUCAUCCAUCUGCAUUGCCAUCACCGCGUCGCGUUGCCGUUCCUGUUCUAGUGCGAAACGGUAAACCAUGUCUAAGUGAUGGGACAAAACUACCACAGGACUGUGUUACAGCUUCCAUGCAAAAUGCCGCAGCACAUCACUUAGUCUUGAAUGGUGCAUAUCAACAUGCGGCAGCUGCAGCGGCGGCUGGAUUGCACGCACAUCCGCAUCAGCGUGGUUGGUGGGCCUAAUGUUGCUGCAACAAUAUUUCCUAAAGCCUUAAGGCGAGUGUUAUAAAUAACAGAGCCAGAGCCGACACUUUCGGCUUAAACAAACAAAAAUGCUGCUGGUUGGUCAUUUUUAAAGUUACUCACUGUAGUGUUUAUAAAGCCAAAUACAUGAAAAAUGGUUAAAGUAUUUAAAAUUUUGAGUAAAAAAAGUAUUUAUGUGCAAAAAUGGUUAAGUCGUGCGACUUUUGAUAUAAAAGCGCUGUUCCAAAGCGACUCGAAUAUUGGACAAUAAUUAAAAAAAAAAAUUUAUAUCGGUGCAAUAUUUAAAAUGUAUUUAAAUAAUAAAUAAAAAUUUAUUCUAAAAUAUUUUAUUUAAUUAAUAACUAAAAAUUAAAAAUUUUUAGCUGUUAGCAAUAAUGAAACUGGAGCACCAUUGAAUUGUACAUAGAG